AUCACGAUAACGUUAGUUUCAUUUCUUGGACUUAUAUUCUCUUGUUAGACGAACAAAGUUGAAAACGGACUCAAUUACUGGAGCUGAACCUUAUUGAACAUGUUGAAAGGAUGAAUGUUUUGGAGGAUUAAUUGACGAGCAAUUGGUAGAUCAGUUAAGCCAGUAAUUAACAAGAGAAGUAUGAAAACAAAAGCAGACGAUAUCAAAUCUCAUGUCUGUGUCUGUGAUGUAUGCGGUAAAGGGUUCAGACGGCAUGGUAAUUUACAGGUUCACAUGAGAAUACAUACAGGUGUAGAACCUCAUCACUGUGGUGUAUGUGGUAAAGGGUUUAGUCAGCUUUGUAAUUUACAGAGUCACAAGAGAAUACAUACCGGUGAAAAACCUUAUGACUGUGGUGUAUGUGGUAAAAGGUUUAGUCACUCGGGUAGUUUAACGACUCACAUGAGAACACAUACGGACGAGAAACCUCAUGAAUGUGGUGUAUGUGGUAAAAGAUUUAGUCAGUCGGGUACUUUAAAGAGGCACAUGAUAACACAUACGGACGAUAAACCUCAUGAAUGCGAUGUGUGUGGUAAAGGCUUUAGUCAGCGUCCUUAUUUACAGAUUCACAUGAGAACACAUACAGGUGAAACACCUCAUCACUGUGGUGUAUGUGGUAAAGGGUUUAGUCAGAGUCGUUAUUUACAGAAGCACAUGAGAACACAUUCAGGCAAAAAACCUCAUGAAUGUGAUUUGUGUGGUAAAGGUUUUAGUCAGCAUCCUUAUUUACAGAGGCACAUGAGAACACAUACAGGCGAACAACCUCAUGAUCAUGAUUUAUGUGGUAAAGGUUUUAGUCGGCGUCCUUAUUUACAGAGGCACAUGAGAACACCUACAGGUGCAAAACCUCAACACUGUGGUGAAUGUGGUAAAGAGUGUAGUCGGACGGAUAGUUUGAAGACUCACAUGAAAACACAUACGGACAAUAAACAUAUUUUUUGUGAUGUGUGUGGUAAAGGUUUUAGUCAGCGUCCUUAUUUACAGAGGCACAUGAGAACACAUACAGGUGCAAAACCUCAACACUGUGGUAUAUGUGGUAAAGGGUUUAGUCAGCGUCCGUAUUUACAGAGGCACAUGAGAACACAUACACAUACAGGUGAACAAUCUCAUCCCUGUGAUGUAUGUGGUAAAGGUUUUAGUCAGCAUCGUAAUUUACAGAUUCACAUGAGAAUACAUACAGGUGAACAACCUCAUGAGUGUGAAGUAUGUGGCAAAAAGUUUAGUCGUCUUGGUAAUUUACAUACACAUAUGAGAAUACAUACAGGUGAUUACCCUCAUGAAUGUGGUGUAUGUGGUAAAGGAUUUGGUCAGCGUGACAAUUUACAGAGGCACAUGAGGACACAUACAGGUGACAAACCUCAUGCAUGUGAUGUAUGUAGUAAAGGCUUCAGUCGGCUUGAUAGAUUAAAGAGUCAUAUGAUAAUACAUACAGACGAUAAACCACAUAUCUGUGAUGUAUGUGGUAGAGGCUUUAGUCAGUAUUUGUAUUUGCAAAGACACAAAGGAACACACACAGAUUAUAAACCUCAUGAAUGUACCGUAUGUGGUAAAGACUUUAGUCAGCUUGGUAGUUUACAGAAUCACCUGAAAACACAUACGGACGAUCAACCUUAUGAUUGCGAUGUAUGUGGUAAAAGCUUUAGUCAGCGUCGUUAUUUACAGAGGCACGUGAGAACACAUACAGGUGAAAAACCUCAUGACUGUGUCGUAUGUGGUAAAGGGUUUAAUCAGUUAGGUAAUUUACAGAGUCACAUGAGAAUACAUACAGGUGAUAAACCUCAUGGCUGCAGUGUAUGUUGCAAAAAGUUUAUUCACCUUCAAGAUUUAAAGACACACAUGAGAAUACAUACAGGUGAAAAGCCUUAUGAGUGUGACGUAUGUGGCAAAAAGUUUAGUCGUCUUGGUAAUUUACGGACACACAUGAUAAUACAUACAGGCGAUUACCCUCAUGAAUGUGGUGAAUGUGGUAAAGGAUUUGGUCGACUAGAUCAUUUACAGAAUCACACAAAAACACAUAAUGGCGAUAAACCUCAUAUCGGUGAUGUAUCUAAAGACAUGGCAACACAUACAGACGAUACACGUGAUAGACUGCAUGUAUGUGAUGUAUGUGGUAAAGGGUUUAGUCAGCUUCGUUAUUUAAAGAUUCACAUGAGAACUCAUACAGGUGAGAAACCUUAUAAAUGUGAUGUAUGUGGUAAAGGAUUUAGUCAGCUUCGUAAUUUACAGAUUCACACGAGAACACAUACAGGUGAGAAACCUUAUAAAUGUGAUGUAUGUGGUAAUGGGUUUAGACAGCCCGGUAAUUUAAAGGUUCACAUGAGAACACAUACAGGUGAUAAACCUCAUAGCUGUGGAGUAUGUGCUAAGGGCUUUAAUCAGCUUUGUAAUUUACAGCGUCACGAGAGAAUUCAUACCGGUGAAAAACCUUAUGACUGCGGUGUAUGUGGUAAAGGGUUUAGUCAGUCGGGUAGUUUGACGACUCACAUGAGAACACAUACAGACGAUAAACCUUAUGCCUGCGGUAUAUGUGGUAAAAAUUUUAGUCAGCGUCCUUAUUUAAAGAUUCACAUGAAAACACAUACCGGUGAAAAACCUCAUCACUGUGGUGUAUGUGCUAAGGGUUUUAGUCGGCGUCCUGAUUUACAGAUUCACAUGAGAACACAUACAGGUGAAAAAACUCACUACUGUGGAGUAUGUGGUAAGGGUUUUAAUCAGCUUUGUAAUUUACAGAGUCACAUGAGAACACAUACGGGUGAUAAACCUUAUAAAUGCGAUGUAUGUGGUAAAGGCUUCAGUCAGCAUGGUAGUAUAAAGACUCACCGGAAAACACAUACGGAAGAUAAGCGGUAAGCUUGUGAUGUAUGUGGUAGAGGCUUUAGUCAGUGUUUGUAUUUACAGUGAUACGUGAGAACACAUACAGGUAAAUAACCUAAUGACUGUGGCGUAUGUGGAAAAUACUUUAGUCGGCUUGGUAGUUAACAGAAUCACCUGAAAACACAUACGGGCGAUUAACCUUAUGGCUGCAGUGUAUGUGGUAAAACGUUUAUUUAUGAUUUACAGACACACAUGAGAAUACAUAAGGGCGAUAAACCUCAUGCCUGUGACGUAUGUGGUAAAAGUUAAGUCCUCACAUGAGAACACAUACCGGUGAUUACCCUCAUAAAUUUGGUAUAUUCGGUAAAGGAUUUAGUGGUCUUGAUAAUUUACAGAAUCACACAAAAACACAUAGUGGCGAUAAACCUGAUAUUGAUGAUUAAGGUGAGAAUGGCAAUGGUGUAUGUGUUAAAAAGUUUAGUAAGAAUGGUAUUCUAAAGGUUCACAUGAGAACACAUACAGGCGAUGCACCUCAUAUCGGCGAUGUAAGUGAGUAAGGGUUUAGCACGCUUGGUGAUUAAUAGAUUAGCAUGAGAACUCAUACCUAUGGUAAAAUCAGUGACGUAUACAUGUAUGGAAAAGAUAUAUCUCAUUAUUGUGCUGUAGGGAGUAAAUGUUUUAGUUAUAUUUAGAAUGUUCAGAGACACAUGAGAACACAUAUAGUCGACAAAUCUCAUCACUGUUAUGUUGGUGGUAAAGGUUUAAGUUAUCUUGUACAAAGACACAUGAGAACACAUACAGGAGAUAAAUCUCAUAACUGUGUUGAUGGUAAAAGUUUUAUUUAUCUUGAGACUGUGCUGAGACACAUGAGAAGACAUACUUUGAUGUUGGAAGUAAAUGUUUUAGUUAUAUUAAAAAUAUGCAGAGACACAUGAGAACACAUACAGUCGAUUAAUCUCAUUAUUGUGAUGUUUGGAGAAAGUGUUUUAGUUAUAUGCAUAGACACAUGAGAGCACAUAUAUGAGAUUGUGUAUUUGGUAAAAGUUUUAAUCGGCGUUGUAAUUCACAGAAACAUAUUACAAGACAUAGAUGGUAUAUAACCUGUAAAACCACAGGAAUGUAUUUUUUGUGUUGCAGAAUUUAAUGGAAAUAAAUAGACACUUUAGAAUACAAACUUGGGUAAAACUCAUUAAAAGGAUUUUUGUAUUGAAAAAUUUAUUUGAAUUAAAAAUUAAACGUUAUUAAAGAUUAACGAUUGA